AUGUCACAGGUACCUUUCUACCUUGCCGUUAAAGCGUCCAAAGAUUACCUCUCCCCGCAACGAAGCUGUGAAGCUGACUUCUGUUAUGAUCUAGUGGAAUACGCGGAUCCAUCUGGUACAUAUCCCUCCCUAAGCCCUGAGCUUCGCCGUCGACUACCUCUGCGUCAUCUCCACUGGAAAUCAUCAUCACGCCCCGUUCGAACUAUCGACUCUCUCCACGUUACGCUCAUUGCGGACGAAGGACCGCUCGAUGCCAACGACAACCGGCCAGCACCCAAGGGCGAGAGCCCGCGGAAAGAGAGAAGGCAUCAGAUCCCUGGCUUACGACAAACGCCAUAUCUGAAAAUUUAUUUCCUGCAAUGCAUUGACGUUGAUAAUUACAAGGUGAAUUCAAGAAAGUUGCUGCGAGAUUGGGUCAAAGAUCACACUCCACCAUCUCAAAGCAGUACCUCGCUCACCAAACAAGAGAAUCAUGAUGCUUUCGAAUGGCUCAUUGUUCACGUGCUUCCAGCAUCUGCGGACGAAGAUACAUCCAGACCCUCCAGUGUUGCCAGAACCGAGUCAGAGAAAAGGUCAAGCUCUUCAAGAUGGCCUUCGCGCAGCUCCUCUAGCGUCAUUGAAAAGAUACGUGUGGAUUUCAAUGGAACGUCUAAGAACGCCGUGGAUCGUGUUGCUCAAGUCCAGGUAGCAGACUAUCCGGGAGAGGACUCAGGGGGGGGCCAGCUACGAUCUCAAGACGACAAGAAUGGCUGGGGAGAUUUUGUCGCAAAAAUGAAGUCACUGAUACUAGCAUCUUUUGACCUGAGAGUGAACCAAUAUGAGGAAGAUAUUAGGGAGAAAGAGCUGCAAAGGAACCUUCCUGGUUGGAACUACAAUACGUUCUUCGUUUUGAAAGAGGGUCUCGCUAGGGGCUUCGAAAAUGUCGGGUUGACGGAGGACGCUUUAACUGGCUAUCACGAGCUUGCUGCUGGCCUGAAUGCGAUCGUGGAUGUUCAAAGUGGUAAGGACACUACUGAACAGCAGGCAGCCCUUUUCAGCGACUAUACAGAGGAUCUGGUUGAGUCAUUCAAGCAGAUGAAACGAUGCAGCAAAAGCACUCAAACAUCGUGGCACGAGAAGCCGCAGGUUGUUGAUCUAGGUGCCUGCAUUUUAAAUACAGAUCGGAAACCCUUCCGAGAUCUGAUCCUUGCGAAUAAAAUCUCCUCUUUUGACUUCCAAUGUUACGUCUUCGCCCGUCAAGUGUCCCUUCUGUUGCGUCUAGCAGACGUGGCUGUUCAAAGUUAUCCCCCAACGAAUGGUGCGAUCGUUGGAGGUGGCAGCGACGCGCAUUUUGAUGUCGGCACCCGAUUCUUGAAGCCCAGUGGCGAAGAUCGAGAAGACCUUACCAUACUCGCCGAAGUGGCUCAGAGAGCUUCCAAUUUCAUCAACUCCGUUGCUACAACUAUUCGAAAUGACAUCAGGUCUGGGAUACACCCAUCAGACGACGACCAGGAUGAAAAUGGUGGCUUCUCAUAUAUCGUGCACGAAGAGAUUGUUGAAAAUCUGGUAGCAUCGUGGGUUUUCUCUGCAAGCAGAUGCAUCCUGGAAGCAACAUCGGCAAAUUCACUGUCUGCUCAGCUUGAUCCUCUUUUACGUCAGCUGAAGUCUUCCAUUAAAUCAAGCAUGGGGGACAACGAAAGGGGGGUGGGACCUAUCAUUGACACCGUCUAUCGUAAGGGUCUACCUGACAGAACAAGCUCACUGAAAGCUCACGCUUCCGUGUUGUCACACCCGCCUAUUCAGGAGAACUUUCCCUCGGUGACCUUAUUGGAUGCCGUAAGACUACUACCGCCUGCUACCUUCCAUCCAGGUGCUCAAGAACUAGCCUCGCGGCGAGGAGAUUUACUUGCUCUGGCCAGACGAGCUCUUAGUGGUCUUGGGCUUCAACAUGUUAAUCGUCAAGGAGGUCUGGCUGAUUUAGGCAUGGUAUCUGGGGCUGAAGAGGAAGAGAUGCACGAUGUGAAGCUGGAAGACACCAGAGAGCAAGAAGAAAAGCCGCUCGAGAGCUUACCAGUCACUGCACGAGCUCCAACCACCGCUGGGUUAUGCAACAGAAAGUUAUUCUCGGCUUUGCAGUCGAAAAAUGACUUCUACCAGGCGUUUGAGGAAUCGACUGUAUCAACGCUAGCCAACUAUGUCAUCGGUGGAAGAACUAAAGCUGCUGAAGGAAUGACCGUGGACCUCGCAGUUACACGAUUCCUGCUCGAAGACUACGAGGUGGCGGCAUCUUAUUUUCGUCAGCUGACCCCGUUCUACGCGAAAGAUGACUGGUCGGACUUGGAAUUGCUCAUGCUUGACUUGUACGCCCAGUGUCUUCAUCAUAUGGAGCGAAAUGAGGAUUACGUCCGCAUUGGAUUGAAGGUAUUGGCCAAGACGAUUCGAAGCAAGGCCGCUAUCAAACAGCAACCACAAGAAACAUUGACGAAGCUUGCAAAUAUUCACCAGCCUCCACAGUGUGCGAUGGGCAGUUUAAGUGGUAUCUUAAGCGCCUCGAAAUCACUGAAAGAACUGGUAUCACUACCGAUGGAUACUUACUUCGACCCUAUCGACAUGGGAAUGUAUGUUCGUCAUUCGCCUGACGACGAUGGCUUUCAAUUUCCACUUGUGUUAAGGAGUCUUUUACCAGAAAGCUUCCUGGCCGAGUCAGUGCGAGUGCAAAUUCUCAGUGUAGAAGAGGAUCAGCGCUCUGAGCUUUGGCUCCAUGCCAACGGCCAAAAUAUCGAACCCGGCACGUCUAGUAUAUGGCUUGGCUCAAAUACGAUGUUCCCAGCCUGGUAUGUCUUGAAUCAGGUCACGAUUCUUUCUGGAAAUAUCCUCUUUUCUCACAGUCUUUCUCCGCCAUCCGACGGCCUCCCCUUCGCGAGUUCCAGAUACUCGACAAUAUCUGGACUCACCAAUCGACGACGUUUGCUACUCUGGCCCCAGUUCAGAAGCCUUGAAGCUCGCCUGUCUCAUUCAGAACACAUUCAUCUCGAGCGAACAAAGUCCAUCGCCGUGAAAAUAUCCAGCGGCUGGAACGAAAUAAUUCAAGGUAGGCUAUCAUUACGAGCUGCCUCUGCAGGGCUUCGACUUCACACCGCCCGGGCGGAAAUCUGGAACGGCAAAGUCGCUAUUACAGACAAGUCACAACCCGGCAGUAUCUUCUUCGGUCAAUUUCAUUCGAAUAUCACUGCCGACGUGAACAUUCCCUACAGCCUUGAGAGUGAUCUCAAAGAGAUUGUGGUGCGUGCUGAGGUCACUUACGCUACUGAACGCGGGGAAUUCGUUUACGCUUGCGGUUCGAAAAUCUCUACUGUUCUUCCAAUAACAAUCAAUGUUCGAGAUACUUUCAAGAAGAGUGCCCUUUUCUCCACAUUCACUGUGGGCACUGCAAAUUCGAUCCCUGUCAAAAUAUUGAAAUGCACCGUCGAGGGGAACGAAGAUUUUAGUGCAACCUCGCAAAUCCUAGACAGCGGCGAGCAUGAUGUUUUCGUUCGCCAGCCACUUUCCUUGAUCUCAAGAAUAUAUCGUACCUUGCGGGGGAAGCGUGACUUGGAUGCAAACGAAACUGCACAGAGAAAAUUGUUUCUACACGUCGAGUAUCGAUGUCUGGAUCAAGAGAUCCUCACAGUAGCUGAAAUUAUUUGUCUAAAGGCCCUCGCAGCUACGCCUAUGCAAAAGCUUUCGCGCUUGUUGACGCCUGCAUUGCUUGAGACAUUACAUUCGAGGUUUUCGACUCAACAGCUCGAGAUGGCUGGCCUUCUCCGUGAGAUCGACGUAGGCACGUUUGAUGAUUACGGCUGGGACUCUUCGAUACUUGCUGGCCUUCCACCGGAUCUUGGAGAGGAGCUCGCUAGAUGGUUGAGAAAUUGGCACGACGAUCAUCCCACGAUCUCGUUUAGGGAUAUUGAUCGAACGUUGCGGAGGCAACAUCUUACGGUUCCAUUCGAUGUACCUCAUGUACAGAUUUUACAUACAGUACAAAUGCGUCCCAUGCAUAAUCGUGCAGCGCCAUGUUUGCAGCCGGACUUUCUCGCCCUCGGAUCUGCCUUGCCAUUGGAGGUCGUCAUACGUCACACACGCAAGUGGUGGGAUGGUGAUGCGAGGUCAAGAAAUGAUGGCAAACCCUUGGACUUCAAGUACGAAGUGCAUGCUCUUCCCGAUGAUUGGACUAUUGGGGGACAGAGGAAGGGCCACUUUAGCGCAAAGGCAGAUGAGAGUUUAAACUUUGCAAUUAUCCUCUUGCCACAACGUACAGGUCACUUGAUGUUUCCUUCCAUUGACAUACAUCUUUCUCAUCCAGCCCAUGUUUCACACCGGCCUGACGAUCGAGAAGAUUCGGCAGAAUCAUGGAUUUCCUGUGAGACGGAUUACCAACACCAGUCCGAAACAAUCCUGGUUGUCUCUGGUCUGAGUAGCACGACUGUCAGCAUCGAUCCUAGUAGCAUGGUAGGUGGGACGUGGCUUGUCGGGUCGAAGAGCAGAUGA